AUGGGUGAGGCGCGGCAAUCAAUGGUACCGUUUGAAAAUUCAUCAUCUCCAUUUUGGUCUUACAGUAACCGAACAUAGCAACUUUGAACGCGUAUAUCUCAAAAACUUAUAUUUUUAUUUUGGAUUUUUUGGUCUUAUUUUACGGAGAGUGUGUCCAACCUUUAUAAUCAAGCUUAAAAACUGGUUACACUUUUCCCAAUUUUUGGCAGUAAUCGAUAUGGUAUGUUGAGGGUUACGGUACUACCAAAAGAUGAAGAGAUACAAAAAACAUUUGAAUUAGGAAUAUGUUGGCCGUGGUCGAAAACAGUCACACAAAAAGUUUUGGACUCAUAGAACCAUCACCCGGCGCACAACCAACGCCACUUUAUAAAAUACAAAAUGUUACAGUAAUCCCGGAAUGGAUGAAAUUUCGCGAAACCCUUCUUCGCUUUUCAUCAGCAUUCCCAGGCCCUUCUACUGGCCUAGUUUCAAGAAAUUUGGUGAUGGUCGUUGCAACAAUGUCCGGGCCCCUUGGAGGGAAGCUUCAGUUUGUAAAAAACUCUGUUUUAAAAUUGGUGUGAUGGCCGAAAAAGCGAUCAAAAGUCUCCGCCGAAUACACUACUUUCCGCGCUGGCGGAAAAAAUGAUUCUUUCGGACAAAAAACCGCCCAAAUUCUUCUUUAUCCUGCAAAAAGAAUUUUUCGGAUAUCUUUAUUGAGCGACAAGAAACCGACAAAAACUUUCCGGCACAUUUCUCUGGACACCCUGUAUACUGGUUGACAAAAUUUUCUUUACACCUCGUAUCUCGGGAACCGCUGGGCCUAGAACCUCCAAAUUCGGCAUACAAACAUCCUAGGACAGUCUAACACCAUGCCCAAAAAAUCAUAUCAUUUGAUGCACUUCACAUGCCCUUUUUCCAAAAAACGCAAACACCCGAAUGACAAAAUUUUCUUUCCACCUUGGGAAAAACGUUUGUAACUCAUAAGCCAGAGGGCGCUAAGGCAUGAUUGUGGUAUCGUUGUGUUCGCGAAGAAGUCCUCUCUCGAGUGGUGUCACAACCUUACGGCGGUUUUCGUUUCUUCGCCCUUGGGCGUCGGCUCAUCGUUGCCUUGUCCAUUUUCAGCCAAAUUCGUGGCCAGAGGAGCUCGCAUAAGGCAUAAGGAGAUCAAAAUGCCUUUAAAAAAUCUGGCAUUCAUGUUUGCAACAUUGUUUCCUCCGGCAGUAGAACUAGGUUUAAUUUAAGUGCGUUGCAGGGGAAAACAUAUUUAUUAUGUCAUUUAUCGGAAGAUCGAAGCAUCUCAAAAAACUGUUUCUGCAUAGCUUUCAAAAUAAAACAUACAUAUUCACCAAUGCCUCAUCAAAUGUUUUGACACCUCAUUUUUCAUAUUCACAUUUCCUACCGAAAUUCGCAAUCAAAUCACAAAGAAUUAAAAUUUCCCCCGAACUGCAUGAUUCACAGCGCUGAUGAAGCAAGAUUUCAAGUGAUGCUGAUGGCUUGAGUCAGCGUUGGCAAUGCUCAUUUCUUUUCUUAUGGGCCGCUCUCCCGAGGCCAAAUUAUUAGCAUGCUCGGGUUGUGGCCCAUAAUUUUCUUAUUUCUCCUGGACUCUGUUCAUGGUGACUUUCAAGGGAAGUCACUUAAAUCACGGAUCGAUUUUGCGAAACGGCUGAUACAGCGAUGGAAAGAGUGGGACGGUGAUAUCGAAUCUGAAAACCGCUACCUCCACCGGCCUCUGGGAGCCGAGAUAAUCACCCAACAAGUUUGGCCAAAUUCCCUCCGAAAAGGUCUCCCUUCCGAAAGCGAAUGGAGAGCGACUUGAAUGGUCCGGUGGUCUGGAAGCGCGCUUCCAGGCCUUGACCUUUUGAGGUUCGAGUCCGCAUAGGUCCGGACUUAUAUUAAAAAAUUUACAAAACUGUUGCUGUAAUCCACCAGAGUUACUGGUAAAAUAAAUUUUCUAGUUUUUCCAUAUUUUACGUCGAUUUUAACUUUAUAAUUCAGACAGGGUGAAAUUUCAUCGCAAAAUAUGGAAAAAUAGAAAAUUUUAUUUUACCAGGAAAUUUGCUGGGUUACAGAGAGUUUGAUAAAUUAUCUACAAGCUCGAACCCAUGCGGACUCGAACCUGAAAAGGCAAAGGCCCGGAAGCGCGCUUCCAGACCACCGGACCAUUCGGUUCGUUGCCUUCCUUUUUUCGAAAAGGAGAGCUUUUCGGGGCAACUUUUUUGUGGUCAAACUUGUUGGUUGAUUAUCUCGGCUCCCAGAGGCCGGUGGAGGUAGCGGUUUUCAGAUUCGAUAUCCCCAUUCCACCCUCUGUAUUGCCGUAACAGUCGUUUUUAAAAAUCGAUCCGUGACUUAAGUGACUUCCCUUGUUAGUUGAGAGCAAUGCUGGAAACCUCUCCCCAUUCUGUGAAUACGCCGAAGCCAUUGUUGGAGCUGUGGCGCCAAGGCCGUUACCGGAAGAGACCUCGGUUGGGCUGAAAGCGGAACAUUUUGGAGAAGAGGAGACUGUAAGUUUCCGAACCGUCCUGACCGGAGAAGGCCUGAUUUUUUCAUGCAAAGUUUCCAACUAUACAGGGUGUUUCAAGAAAUAUGGCAGAAACUAAUCGCGAAUAUCUUUGAGCUCUUGGGAGUUAUCGCAGAAGUUCUUUUUGUUCCUAAAACUUGAUAUCGGGCGGUUUUGCACUGAGCAAAAAAAAUUUUUUUUCGUCGGCGGAGGGGCCAGUUCUCGGCGGAGACAUUUGGGGCCUUUUUUAAAAAUCACACCUUAUUACACGGUGGAAACUCUGUUACAAUGGCCAAAAUCAUGUUUACGUUAAACCUCCGUGGAUUUUACGGUAUGCUUUUUUUCGUUUUUGUUUUUCGCUCAUCCGCGGAGGCACGGCGGAGAAAUCAGGUUUCGGCGGACGUCGUUUUGAGUCUUUUGAUCAUUCAAUUCAGGUUGGAAAAAAGUGUGGGGUGAUUUUUUGUUGUCAUCCGAUGCACAGAUGCAAAAAUUUCGCACUUCUUUUCCCCGGCGGAGGAUUCGGCGGAGGCUUUAUCAAAGGGUCAGAACAGUCUUAGGAGUCCGGGAAAAAAACUCAGCUACAAGAAUCCAUCACAGCAACAUCAUUUUUGUUAUUUUUUGGUCCGGCGGACACAUCGGCGGAGGAUUCGGCGGAGGCUUUAUCAAAAGAGUCAAACUUUUGUUUUGACCCUUUGAUAAAGCCUCCGCCGAAUCGUCCGCCGAGGGAAAAAAGUACAAAAUUUUUGCCAUCUGUGCAUUGGAUGACAACAAAAAAUCGCCCCAACCUUUUUUCCAACAUGGAUUUGCAAAAACCGAGGGCCCAAAACAAAGUCCGCCGAAAUCUGAGGUCUCCGCCGCGCCUCCGCGAAUGUUGCGUAAAAUCGAAAACGAAAAAAAGCAUACCGUAAAAUCCACGGAGGUUUAACGUAAACAUGAUUUUGGCCAUUGUAACAGAGUUUCCACCGUGUAAUAAGGUGUGAUUUUUAAAAAAGGCCCCAAAUGUCUCCGCCGAGAACUGGCCCCUCCGCCGACGAAAAAAAUUUUUUUUUGCUCAGUACAAAACCGCCCGAUAUCAAGUUUUAGGAACAAAAAGAAUUUCUGCGAUAACUCCCAAGAGCUCAAAGAUAUUCGCGAUUAGUUUCUGCCAUAUUUCUUGAAACACCCUGUAGAAUUAUCAGUCUGUCGGGAAAUAGUGCGGAUUGGUGCCUGCAAAAUGUCUCGCUUCUCACUGUCGCAUACCAAAUCUUCAGCCGUGGUUAGCCGCCACAUAAUGGGUAAUUUCAAGUCGCGACGAAUCCACAUUAUUUUCCCGACGGACUGAUGAUAUUAGGUUGUAAAAAAAGUUCUUGCGGUUUUCAACCCUUAACUUUAAACAAGCAUAACUCAGCUCAGAAAAAAGUUUAUUAAUCAAAAUAAAAACCAUUAGAAUCAAUACACUUUUGCCAACGAGAAACAAGUUUAUUUAUGCCGGUAGCGUAAAAUUCCGGGCUUCUGGAGGCGAUAAAGUCGUUGAAGGCCGUUUCGGCAUCAUCUCGGCUCUGGAAGCAUUUCUCAUGUAGGAAGUUGUCGAGAUGCUUGAAAAAGUGGUAGUCGGUUGGGGAGAUGUCCGGCGAGUAUGGUGGAUGAGGCAAAGUUUCGGAACUUUUUUUACAACCUAAUAUUUUUAAAAAAAUCCACAAACUCUAUGGCGCGUGUGAUUACAUCCCUCAUCGGGGUCUGCAAUUUGGGCCUGGUCGUACUCCUAGUUAGCCAUGCUUGGCAUGAGUUACCGCUCACUUUUCAGUGGAAGCCCUAUCUCGCUCCAUGGGCGACAGCCGUCGCCAUCAUUGUCAUUCUGCCCCUACUCUUCGUCUUGGUUUACUUGGUUUAUAGAUGCAUCGCUUCUUGUCUCACCUCGGACUCGAAGCCAAAGCGGAAGAUCGGAUUGAAGAAUGUCCUCAACGCUCUGUUACUACUACUCGCUGUGUUUGUUAUUGCCUUUGCUGCAAUUGCAGCUUAUGGAAUUAUUAAAGCGACAAGCUCCGCGAACAGAAUGGGCAAUGUCGUUGAAAGUUUUGCGAACGAAACCGACCAUUACGUCCAAGAUAAUUGCGCAGUAAGGGUUUAUUUUUCGUGCAACCUUAUUCAAUCCAUCUUUAGGCCCUGAAAAACAUGAUAGGCGUCGAGACAAAUGUAACGUCGGUCAUGCCGAGAAUCUCCAAGAGUUUUCACGAAGCUGUGGCGGAUAUGAAACACAAGCUUGCCGUGAAACAUGUGCCUGUAAUCGAAAAGAUCCACAUGAGUAAGUUCUGUGGAAUCCGGCGGAAAAUUGUGCAAUAAAAGACGACUUAAUCUUGCAUCUGCAUGUCGGGAAAAUAAUGUAGAUUCGUCCCGACGGACUGAUAUCCUGUUUGAAUGCACUAAAGCUAAUUGUAGGCCAUUUCAGCCGUUUCAAAAAUUAGAACCCGACAAAAAGACAUUGGCGAGCUCUUGGCCCUUUUGCCAAUCCUUCGAACCCAGAAUCCUGGACUUGCCGUAUGUUACUUUACAGUCAUUUUUGAAGUGUACUUGUUUUCCAGGACACCAUCCAACCUCUGGUGCCAUAUCUUGAGAAAAUGCGCGAGUUUCGAGAGGUAACGCCGCGGGAUACAUACAAGCAAAAAGUGGACACAAUGUUUGAAAAUAUUGUUGCAGUAGGCGACAGGCGAUUGAAUGGUAUGCUCCUGGCCUCAACGAGGCUCAUUUACGGGUUCUUUUUUCAGAAAUAGCUCCUCAAAUCCAAACAAAAAUCGACGAAAAACUGAAGAAUCAACUGAGUGGUGUUUGCGGUGAGGCUGACCAAUUAACACAGCCUCUCAAGGAACUUAGGAAUGGGUAUGAACAGCAAGUCAAGCCGCACAUUGUCUACCCGUAAGUUUUGGAAUAAACGAACCUAAGCGGCACGUCUUCAGCUACUACGCGGUAUUGGCAACUGCCGCUGUUUUGUUGGCUGUCGCCUUUAUCAGCUUUGCUGGGAUCGGAUACAGCUGUAUUGUGACUAAUCGGAGUGCAGACCAUGAAGGAAGCAAGUGUUUUGGACCCAAAUCGCUUUAUAAUUUGUAAGUUUGAUGCGUUCAUGGUGUUAUCAGUUUGUCGGAAAAAUGAUGAGCACCCUGUUUCAUGCGUAUUGCGUAUUGUUUUCAGCUCGAUUGGCGCUGUUCUGCUGCUCUUAAUCACUGUUCCCCUUCUUACUGCAGCUUUGUUCGCUCCACUCGGGGUUGCGACGGAUCUGGUGUGCGAUCCAUGGAAGAACCCGGAAAAGCGCUCGGAUGUUCUCUCCGUUUUGGACUCUCUGGCGGCAAGAGCGUUGAAAGACGCCUCCAACUCGGCGGAUGAGGCGGUGGAAGGGAUUCUCGCCAAACUCGAAUAUCCGGUAUCGAAAAUUGUAAACGAAUGCGCAAAUGAGACAAGUCUGCUGCAAAUUUUGAAGCUGGGCGAAGUGUCUGACCUUCUUAGAGCAGGCCAGGAGGGUCAAUCGGGCGGUCCUCUUGCAUCUUAUUUGGAUGAACUGAACAAAACAAUAUUGGAUAGCUGGCCGAAAAACGCUGUCUACAAUCAGUCGUAUUUCGAGAUACUGAAAGACAUGAGAGCGAUGGCAGCGAGUCCGAUCCCGGAAGAGCAGGUAAGACAAGUUUGGUUAUCCGUCUGUCGGGAAAAUAGUGCGCACGGAGACACACCGCAAGUUCGAAUCCGCAAGUUCGAAUGCCUAAAGUUCGAAUGACUAAAGUUCGAACGGCCUCCAGUUGUUAUGAAGAAAGCAAAAUCCACCACACAAAGCCACGAAUCCCGAGAAAGACACAGUUGGAUUGGCGCCAUGACGAAUCUUGAUCAGGUCGAGAAGAACAGCGCGUUCGUUGUCGGUCAAAGUGUUAGGACAACCAACCUCCAUCGUACAGGAUGAAUGAAUGAUUGAAGAGGAAGUGUAUUUUGCAAAAUAAUUAUAUGCAAAUUAUAAUUUAAAUAUUAAUUAACUUUUUUUUCAUUUUCGAACUUUAGUCAUUCGAACUUUAGGUUAUUCAAAGUUACGGUCAUUCGAACAUUAGGUAGUUCGAACUGGAGGUCGUUCGAACUUUAAUCAUUCGAACUUUAGGCAUUCGAACUUGCGGAUUCGAACUUGCGGUGGGUCUCCUUUGUCGGGAACGCCUACCGCAAGUUCGAAAAACCCCAAGUUCGAAAACCAAAAGUUCGAAUGCCGCCAGUUCGAAUGCAUUUUUUAUAUUUUCAUAUUUCGAACUUCCGGUUUUCGAUCUUUUAGUUUUUCUUAUUUGAGGUUUUUCGAACUUCCAGUAUUCGAACUUGCGGCAUUCGAACUUGCGGCAUUCGAACUUUUGGUUGUCGAACUUGGGGUUUUUCGAACUUCCGGUAGGCGUUCAGUGCGCACUCUGUCGCAUCGCAGAAACUACAUGUAUUUCCAAUUGCCAUAUCUUACGUAAUCCUAUCGUUCAGCUUCAAAAUCUAGAGUCGUUCGCGCCUCGGGAGCAUCGUAAACACUUCAGAACUAUCAGAUGGAUCGUAGCGUUCCGGAAGGAGCUACCGUCAAUUCUUCCAACCGAAGAAGAGGUCCAAGACUUCCUCGACUCACUGACUCCGGCCGAACUCAUGGAGCUCGUGAAGCCGUCGGUCGACAAGCUCUUGGACGACGCCAAACACUACACCAUGGAGUUUGCAGAUACGUUUAUCGCCACUGUCGAAAAGCGCGCUGGGAAUUGCGGCGAGCUCAAACGCAUUGUUGUGGAUCUGCGGACGGAGGUCUGUGACAACACUAUUGACAUCUACAACACAGUUUGGCUGUCGUUCUUGCAUAUCAUUGUGAUUCUUAUCCCGUUUGUUGUGAUUGGUGGUGCUCUUGGGAGAUUGCAUUGA